AUGGUUAUUGCCAAGAACAAUGAUGGACAGAAUGAAUUCCCGCUGGACAUACUCCAAAAAGUCGAGCUGGGGAUCUUGGAAGGGGACUUUGCCGAAGAAGCCAUGGACUUGCUCACGACGAAAGAUCGAAACUUCAAACCUGCUGAUUCCACCAUGUGGAAGGACAAUGCCUCUACACCUCAGGAAUCGGAAGCAGAUCCUUCUCACGAAGUUCCUUUGGACGCAGCUGACAACAAGCUAGACGCCUUGAGCAAGGACGCAAAGCAGAAGGCAUGGCAACACGACAGCUUGUCAUUGGCAAGAGAUGUGGCUGCAAUUGCCAAAAUGAUGCAGCAGGUUCAGAAAACCGAAAAAGCCGAACGACUUCGCCGCAUAACCCAUGCUCGAAGCGAGAAUGUCAUCGGUGCAUCCAUCAUUUCCAACCACAUGGAGAAGCAUGCAAAGCAUUUGGGUGGAAGUGAAGCUGACUUGACCCAUGCAGUGGAACAGGCCUGGACCUAUGAAACCUUUGAAAACCAUAGUGCCAAGUGUGUAGGGUAA